GGCUGUGGCGGAGGCCCGGAAGCGGAGCUCCGCGGCGGCCAUGGCGGACAGUCCGGCCGAGGAGGCGGCGGCGGCGGCGGCGGGGGCGGGGGGCGGCCCCCCCGGCGGGGCGAGCGGCUUCGGGACGCCGUUCCUGCCGGACGUGUGGGCGGCGGGGGGCGGGGGGGCUCCUCUGCCGCCGCCGCCGCCGCCGCCGGGGCUGCCGCCCUCCUCCUCCUCCUCCUCGUCGUCGUCGUCGUCGUCGUCGUCGUCGUCCGCCGCGGCCGCCGGGGCCGCCCUCCUCACACACUCCACCUUCUGGGACCCCACGCUCAGCAGCGACUGGGACGGAGAGCGGCCCGCGCCGCAGUGUCUGCUCAGGAUCAAGCGGGACAUCAUGUCUAUCUACAAGGAGCCUCCGCCGGGGAUGUUUGUGGUGCCCGACCCCCUGGACAUGACCAAGAUCCAUGCACUGAUCACGGGCCCUUUUGACACACCUUACGAAGGGGGUUUCUUCUUGUUCGUGUUUCGCUGUCCUCCAGAUUACCCCAUCCACCCGCCACGGGUCAAACUGUUGACUACGGGGAAUAACACAGUGAGGUUUAACCCCAACUUCUACCGCAAUGGGAAAGUGUGCCUGAGUAUCCUCGGGACGUGGACCGGCCCGGCCUGGAGCCCAGCCCAGAGCAUCUCCUCUGUGCUCAUCUCCAUCCAGUCGCUGAUGACCGAGAACCCGUACCACAACGAGCCGGGAUUUGAGCAGGAGAGACACCCGGGGGACAGCAAGAACUACAAUGAGUGCAUCCGGCACGAGACCAUCCGCGUGGCCGUCUGCGACAUGCUGGAGGGCAAGUGCCCCUGCCCCGAGCCUCUGCGCGGGGUGAUGGAGAAAUCGUUCCUGGAAUAUUUCGACUUCUACGAGGUGGUCUGCAAAGAUCGACUUCACCUUCAAGGCCAGACUAUGCAGGACCCUUUCGGAGAGAAGCGGGGCCACUUCGACUACCAGUCGUUACUGAGCCGCCUGCAGGCCAUCCGGCUGAAGGUGCAGGAGACGCACAGGCAGGACGCCGCCGACAUAGACUCGGACAGCAGCUCCUCGGAGACGGAGACGGACACGCAGGGGAGCCUGAGGGCCUAGAGCCCCCCGCCGGAGCCGCUCACGGCGAGGGGACGCGGACUGCGAGCGGCAGCUGCCGGCGGGAGCCCUAAAGCCCGCCGGGGGCGGGCGGGCCCCGAGCGCGAGCCCGGCCCGCGGCCCGGGCCUCCGAACGCGUCCGCUCCCCGCGGCCCCGGGGAGCCCGUCCUCCCAGCUGGGUCUCCACAGCCGCCCCCGCCGGCGGCCGCCGGGCUAAAACUGCGUUCCUAAUUUAUAGUCAGUGCUUAGACAGACCAAAGAGGGCCGGGGGGGGCGGGGGCGGGGAACGACGCCGUGGGGACCCCCGCUGUGGGGACCCCCUCAGGUCCAGGGAGCCCUGCCCAUGUGCCUCCUGGACCGGGGAGGGGAGCCCGGCGGGGGCUCAGGGUGUUAGUGGUGAAGGUCGGCAGCCUGGAAGGGGCUGUCUUCCGCCCCUCGCGACUUGGCCGCCGCCGGCCGGGGGAAGCGGAACCCGGCGUUCUUCGUCCUCGCCGCCUCUCCCUUCCCCCCUCCCUCUUCCCCCCAACAUCCCCUCCUUCCCCCGCCGCGUUGCCAAAUCUGUCCUUCGGGCGCUGGAGAGUGGGGGCCGGCUCCCCGGCCCUAGUCUCGACCCCUUAGCCCCCGCUCCCGUCGGGGUUCAAACCAGCCCCCCGGGGCCGUCUCCCUCAUCGCCGCCCCUCCGCCGUGGCCCCCGGCCCCUUCCUCGCUCUCCCCGACCCCCUCGGCGCUGCCCGGUGGCAUCGGGCCGGCCGCCUCGGCCCCGUUCCCCAACCUCCGGAGGCGUUACCUAGCGAGCGAGGGUGGGCCGGGGAGCCGCCCGGUUCAGCGCGACGGGUGGCUCCCCGGCGACGUACGAGGCGGGGGCCGCGGUGGGGGUCGGACGGGAGUCUGCCCCUUGCUGCUGCAGGGGAGGGGCCCCAGAUCAGUGGGUCCUACCCCCCCCCCCCCACACUGACUCACCCCGCCUACUUUCCCUUCCGCAGGCCUGCUGCCCACCCGGAGCCCCCCCGGCCCACCCAGAGGGGCCCCCACCCCUACCCUGGGCCGGGCCACCGCGGCAGCGGAAACGCAGACGGGGCUCCGGGCCUCCCCUUGGAGAGCGAGGCCUUACCGGCCCUUUCUGAAUGCGUCCGCUCCCCUGACAAUCUCCCCACCACCCCGCCAGGCUGACGGUUCAUCCCCAGACUUUAGACCCGAUCUUGAGUUGAGAGAAUAUAUGCACAAGUCACUAUAAGAGACGUGUUUAUAUCCAUUGUACAUAAGAAUUUUUUUUUUUUGUGCAAUAAAAUUUGUUUUGGCAGAAGCGCAA